UAUAAAGCUAUAGUGGACAACACGGCUGCUCAUCUCCUGCUGAACGUACGCCCUCUAGUGGAGGUGGAUAUAUGUUACCUGCCCACCUCCCUCAACAUUCCUCUCUCCUGUUUAGAGAACAGCAACAGUGAACACAUCCAUGUGCUGAAGGAGAGAAUUGUCCAAGUGAAAGAGCAGAUGUCGAGUGCAUCCCAGGUCCCAUGUAACAUGACUGAUCUGGUCUCCAUCUAGCUCCGCAGGUCACAACAUGCAGAGGCUCUUCAAUGGCUAGGCUUAUGGAGCGGCUCCAUAUUCACUGAACAAACAGGAGUAAUUUGAGUGCUAAUUAAGUCUGUGUAACCUUGUCCUGCGAGGGUAUUCGCUUAUUUUGGACAGCCAAUGACGGGGGUUGAUGGAGUUGCUAGGUGAUCCUUUUUCCAAUACAAAAAUAUACCGUCAUCGGUCUCUUUUUAUUGAAUAUUCAUCAUGGUCUUUAUUUCAGCAGAGUGUAUUACCAGCAAACCUGUGUAUAUUUUGCUAUUAAUGAGCUCUUUUAAUGGCCAAUUUCUGGGAAACACUCUGUUCUGUAAACAGUUGACACAAUUUAGUUAAACUGGUACACAUGACACCCUUUUAAGUUUCAAGAGUGAAAGAAGUCAUAUCAUGUUCAUAACACACCUAAUAGUGAAUAUGAAUUAAAAUACCAUGCAAUAGCUCUGCUUCUGGCCAAGCAUCAAACAAAGAAUAUUCCCUACCCAUUUUAUUCAUUCAACUCACGUAGUCUCGCAUAGCCAGCCAGACGUCGUAAUCUUGUGAGAAGCCAGGAAAUGGAAGCUGCUACUACUCAUUUUGAUUCGUUUGUGUUUCCCUGCUGCAGUUUAUGUGAUCUGUAAGCUGGGUAAUGACUCCCAGAAGGCAGUUCAGGUCUUGGAGAGAAUGUCAGGUUCUGAGGUGGACUGUGUCACUGCGAAGAACAUCUGUGGGGGACUGAUGGCCUGGGCCCAGAAGAUAGACCCCUCUUUCCCUCAGUAUUGACUCAACGUCACAGGUUCUACACUGAGGUUUCAUCACGGAAAGCUUAAAGAUCAUGUAGGUUUUUCUGAGAGUGUGAGAUAUCAUUGGUCCCAUAUUUCAGUCUGUUGUAAGAAGAAUUUCACGCCAGUUGGUCAUUCAGAUAUUUUGUCCAUACAGUCCUCUUCCUCCACCGGCCCUGCCGUGUAAGUAGUGUAUCAUGUAAUCAUAACAACCGUUUUUCUGCCUUAACUUGUUUUAUGUAUUCUGGUUGCAUUGGGUAUUGCUUCCCUGACAGACAAUUCUUAGAUGAAUUAGUUAUAUCUCACUGGUGAAAAGUGAAAGAAAUCGUUUCAUGUUUUCAAGAUUGUGCUUUAAAUGGCAAGUAAAAUGUUGUGCAAGAAAAAACAAAACAUUGUUAUAACCCCAAUGUAUUGUUGAGGGCAUACAGGGUAAUAUAGUACUUCAUUAUGUAUUUCGAGUUAUUUGGGAACAUUGAUAUAUGAAAUAUGUGUUAGAGUUAUUACACAUCUAUACAUCCAUAAUGUGUUGUCAUUUCCAUAUUUGGAUAAGAAAUGAUAUGCUGAUGUAUACCACCACCCUCUCUAAAAGAUUAGACGCAACAGUGCAACAACAGUGUAAGGGAUAGAGGAUGAUGGCAUUUUUUUCUACGUCGCUCGCAACUGAUUUUCAGAACUGAAGCAAUUGACGUCGGGUAACUCCUGUUUUUUUCUCUCCAGCAUAACCCGAAUAACGGAAAAGAUAGAUGAAAGAGGCACGCGCAAUGUAAAGAUAACUUUUUCGAGACGCCAUUGCAUGUGAGAUUGUAGUUUGAAGAUUUAUCCUCACCGAUAGAAACCCAAAGCACCAAAUAGGUAAUAGAACUUCAAGCCCCAGGAAUCUUUCUCUCCUCCUUUUCUCUCAGAACAGUGGGAGUAGUCACAGCUGGAAGGAUAAUAAGAUGCGCAUGAAUCUGGCAACCACGAAUAGGCGACAAGAGAAAGUUUCAAAAAUUAGAGAACUCGGUUGUGAGUCUUAGCACGCUUUUAGACAAUCCUGCUAAUGCAUAUGGUUACAUUGUUGCUCAUUUGUAUGAUUUAGAAAAAGGCGAAUGAACUUGAAUAUUUUUUCUGUGUGAUUCGAUUGUUGGAGUUUUUGGAGAAGUUUAUGCUGUCCACUGGCCAUGAAUCCAACGACGCCUUUUGAAGAAAGUGGAGGUUUCCUGUGGCCAGGGCAGAUAUGUGACUCUAGUACUGUGAGGGGACACCAUUCAAGAACAUGAAGUUUGGAAUGGUGACCGCCUCUUGCAGUGAGCGUUGGGGAAUCAAUCGAGGACGACUGGAGCAUCCACAGUAUCUCAGCAGUGCAAACUGCACACAUCUCUUGCCUUAGAGAGAGAGCUGAGGCCAUUUAGUGGAAUCAUCAGGCUUUGUCCGUGAAUUGAUUGCCAGGCAUCUGAGAAGUCAGUGGGGAUGAAAGUUUGACUAUUGGCUAACACUGCUCGUGAUACUUUGAAGACCUUGCAUUUCAUGUCUCCUAGAAUGAGGCUUGAGUGUUUCUUCAGACUUGUGUCUGUUCUUAGUAGUUCAGUGGUGCCUGAUUUAAAAAGGCAUCACUGACGGUUACAAUACUUUACAUUUUGCAUCAUCAUCUCUGCCAUUGGAAGAAACCCAAUGUCUGCCUGCAGCAGCUCAGCUCCUCCGUCCUUUCCCAAAGCCUACCUCCACUCACAAAUCCCAGCCGUGCCUCUGACCCCCUCACCAUCGCCGAGCCCCCCGGGACCCCUCUACAGCCGCCUGUCCAACGGGAGUCACGGGAGUCACACUCACAGCGCUCCCAGCCCCACUAACUCCCGCAGCUCCUUCCAUGGAGUGUCCUUCCUCCUCCAGAUUGGCCUGACCAGAGAGAUGGUGAACCUGGAGAACCAUGACCUGUCGAUGUCUGCUGUCAAAGACCUGGUCUGCUCUAUAGUCGACCAAAAGUUCCCAGAGUGUGGCUUCUUUGGCAUGUAUGACAAAAUCCUGCUCUUCCGCCAUGACUUGAACUCUGAGAACAUCCUCCAGAGGCUGACAUCAGCAGAGGAUAUCCACGAGGGAGAUCUGAUAGAGGUGGUGCUCUCUGCUUUAGCCACAGUAGGGGAUUUCCAGAUCCGGCCCCAUGCUCUAUAUGUCCACUCCUACAAAGCGCCCACCUUCUGUGACUACUGUGGGGAGAUGCUAUGGGGCCUCAUCCGCCAGGGGCUCAAAUGUGAAGGUUGUGGGCUGAACUAUCACAAGCGCUGUGUCUUCAAGAUCCCCAACAACUGCAGUGGGGUGAGGAAGAGACGUCUGUCCAACGUGUCCCCGCCGGGCCCCUCGCUCUCAGUCCCCCGGCCCCUCCCUGGUCCCACCGAACAUGCUGUGGUCGUCCUGGAGGAGCAGCGCUCCCACCAGGAGGCAGGGAAGAGGAUCCUGUCGUGGAGUGGCCGGCCCAUCUGGAUGGAGAAGAUGGUGCUGGGGCGAGUCAAGGUGCCUCACACCUUCGCCAUCCACACCUACACCCGGCCAACCAUCUGUCAGUACUGCAAACGGCUGCUCAAGGGCCUGUUCCGCCAGGGCAUGCAGUGCAAAGAUUGUAAAUUCAAUUGCCAUAAGCGGUGUGCAUCAAAGGUACCAAGAGACUGCUUGGGCGAGGUUUCCUUCAAUGGAGAGCCUGCCAGCCCGGGACCUGACUCUGACAGUACCAUGGAGGUGGAUAGUAGUGAUGUGGAGAGCACCAGAGGACUACUGGAUGACUCUGAGGAACCUUCAACCCCAGAACACAAGAUGUUCUACAUAGACUCUCCUUUCCUGGACCGCGAGAAGGACGAGGAGCCGAUCAAGACCAUCAGCCCAUCCACCAGCAGUAACAUCCCUCUGAUGCGGGUGGUCCAGUCCAUCAAACAGACCAAGAGGAGGAGCUCCACCAUGGUGAGGGAGGGCUGGAUGGUCCACUACACCAGCAGAGACAACCUGAGGAAGAGACACUACUGGAGGCUGGACACCAAGAGCCUCAGCCUGUUCCAGAACGACACUGGAGCCAAGUUUUAUAAGGAGAUCCCUCUCUCAGAGAUCCUGCAGGUGGAACAGUCGAGGGACCUCAGUAGCCUAGCCCAGGGCAGCAACCCACACUGCUUUGAAAUCAUCACCUCCACCAUGGUCUACUACGUUGGGGAGAACAACGGGGGCCAAUACCACAGCCCCGCGCUGACAGCCUCAGGCGUGGGCAUGGAGGUGGCCCAGGGCUGGGAGAAGGCCAUCCGUCAGGCCCUGAUGCCUGCCACACCCCAGCCCAGUGUGGCCACCGCAGCCAGGCAGGGGAAGGACCACAAACAAGAGGUGUCUAUCAGCAUAUCUGUGUCCAACUGCCAGAUACAGGAGAAUGUGGAUAUCAGCUCUGUAUACCAGAUCUUCUCUGAUGAGGUCCUAGGAUCUGGACAGUUUGGGAUUGUGUAUGGAGGGAAACACAGAAAGACUGGAAGAGAUGUGGCAAUCAAGGUGAUUGACAAGAUGAGGUUUCCUACCAAGCAGGAGAGCCAACUGAGGAACGAAGUGGCCAUUCUCCAGAACCUUCACCAUCCUGGCAUCGUCAACCUGGAGUGUAUGUUCGAGACGCCUGAGAGGGUGUUUGUUGUCAUGGAGAAGCUCCAUGGAGACAUGCUGGAGAUGAUCCUGUCCAGUGAGAAGAGCAAGCUCCCAGAACGCAUCACCAAGUUCCUGGUCACACAGAUCCUGGUGGCUUUGAGACAUCUGCAUUUCAAGAACAUCGUCCACUGUGAUUUGAAGCCCGAGAACGUGCUGCUGGCCUCAGCAGAACCCUUCCCACAGGUUAAACUGUGUGACUUUGGMUUUGCCCGUAUCAUCGGUGAGAAGUCGUUCAGGCGUUCGGUGGUGGGUACUCCGGCCUACCUGGCCCCAGAGGUGCUGCGUAGUAAGGGAUACAACCGCUCCUUGGACAUGUGGUCAGUGGGGGUCAUCGUUUACGUCAGCCUCAGCGGGACAUUCCCCUUCAACGAGGACGAGGACAUUAACGACCAGAUCCAGAACGCUGCCUUCAUGUACCCACCCCAGCCAUGGAAGGAGAUCUCUGCAGACGCUACAGAUCUCAUUAACAACCUCCUACAAGUGAAGAUGAGGAAGCGGUACAGUGUGGACAAGUCCCUCAGCCAUCCUUGGCUACAGGACUACCAGACGUGGCUGGACCUCAGGGAGUUUGAGACACGGUGUGGCGAGCGUUACAUCACCCACGAGAGUGACGAUGUGCGCUGGGAGGAGCAUGCAGACGAGCAUAGCCUGGUCCACCCUAAACACUUCAUUAUGGCGCCCAACCUGGACGAUAUGGAGGAGGGCCCCUAGUGGCCARGAAGCCAUGUUACAGGUUACAGGUGUGGCCAAGAGGAAAACGUCAGGAACCUCUGCAGGUUGUUGACCUUUGGAAGCAUUCCCUCUAAAACUGGUUGGGAAAGGGUCAGACACCCCUGUGCAGGGACUGUGUGACAGAGGAUUCUGACCCAAGACUCUGUGGUUAGACAUACUGCCACAGGGAGCAGACAGGUGGCUCUGUGGAGGCCCCUGUUUCUUUAGGACACCGCAGUGGAACCAAAAACUUUGGGAGAAAGACAUUUCUUGUUUUUUUUUUGUUUUUUUUUUAUCUUGUAGAAUCAUUCCAGCUCAACUUCAUUGGUCCUUUUGGGAAAUACAUCAUUAUUACAAACCAAAGGACAAUUAAAGUUGAAGGGAUAUAAUUUCCUCAACAUUAGGAGUGAGUAAUGGUAUGCCAUUCUACCUGUGAAGGGCUUACAGAGUAGUGAGCUUAAAGGGCACUUAUCACAAGGGAUUUGUAUCCACAGAAAGAUUGGAAUGCGUAGGUAUUUGCAAACACAACUUUGUGCUUAUUCCAAGACAGUUUUGAAACCAUGUCCUUAGACGGUAUGAAACUGGAACUAUCAUUUGUAUGUAGAUGUUGUACUUUACUAAUGGGAGGUAGAUUUUUGCACUAUACUACCAUCAAGCCUAACAAUUUGAAGUUGAAAAGUUGAAGCUGCUACAUCAGGUUCCCUAGAGAAAAUGACAGAAAGUGUUGACUGACACAUAACUUAAAGAUUGUGCUAAGAGCUUGAUACAGUAAUGCCUAGGUGAGUAGCAUAGAGAUUGUGAAAAUGSCUGCAAUACAAAGCCUUUAGUAGAGCACCUGUCAUAAACAGUGAGCAAGUAAAUCAAAAGGCGCAGGGACCAAAGACUGAAUCCAGCUAAUUGAUAUUAUUCAUCUUCAAUUUCCCUGUCUUCUCAUGACCAAUAACUCAUCUGUUUUUCUAAUGGCUGUCUUAUCAUUGUGGUUCACUCUACUUUGUUGUCUAGAAAGUGGCUUGAAUAUUGUACAUUCCAAGCAGGGUUCGAGCCAAACCUGGUGAUGGGGCCACUACCCCUCAAGGUAUUACAGUAGCUAUCUACAGUUGAAGUCGGAAGUUUACAUACACUUAGGUUGGAGUCUUUAAAACUCGUUUUUCAACCACUCCACA